AUGUCGGAAAAUCGUUUUGUAAACCAUACUAUCUUUGAACUUCAAGAAGCCAAUCGCAGUCCAAUAUUUGGUUAUGAAGAUUCAUCCAUUCUGACAUUAGAAGAAGCUGUGGAAAAACUAAUUCCACUCAUUCCUCGUGUCAUAAAUUAUGUUAUGACAGCUAAAAAUGAAUGUGAUCAACAUGCAGAUUUGUUAACUUGGGAUGAAUCAGCUGCAAUAUAUCUUUACUCAAUGCCAUCAUCUUUUUAUUCUUCUCUCAACAAUACACUUCGAGCUGAAGAUCGACAUGCACUUAAACCAUGGUUUGCUUACUUAAAACUGAUUAUGACAGCUCUCAAGAAAUUACCAUCAAUUAAGACAGUUGUUUGGAGAGGUGUUUACGGUGAUGUUAGUUCAGUAUUUGCUAAUAGUAAUAUCGACAUUUGGUGGAGUGUGAAUUCAACUUCGAUGGAUCUAAAAAUUGUUCAACCAUUUCUAGGCGAACACGGCACUUUGUUCACUAUUGAAGCUAUCGAUGGCAAAGAUAUCUCCCAAUUUUCAGCAAAUCCAGAGGAGCGAGAAGUUAUUCUAAUGCCUGGCACUCGUGUACGAGCCAAAACCGAAGUACUCAAUUUCAAUGAUCGUCUCUUUGUUGUUCACUUGGACGAAGUAACUCUUCGAAGUGAAUCACAAUCUGAGCCAAAUCAUCUGUUUCAAUGGAUAAAACAAGAAUAUUAUCGAAAUGGUUAUAUUGAACGUCUAAUGAAUCCAGCAAAAUUCUAUCCAAUUGAAGACAGUUACAUUAAUUUAGCCAUCGUCGAAACUAAACAACAACAACAAAAAGAAAAACAACUUCGUGAUGCUCCCAACAAUGAUGCUAUUAUGGGAAGUUUUGAAGAGAUUUAUGGAUCAAAAACAACAAUAGAUGUUAAAAACAUUUUUGAAACAUGCAAAAAUCAAGAGAAGAAAGUGCUGGUGUUCGGACGUGCUGGAAUCGGAAAAUCUACAUUUUGUCGAUAUAUUGCUUACCAAUGGGCGAUGGGUUCAUACUGGACACAGUAUGAAUUAUUAGCUUUGAUUCCAUUACGUCGCUUAACAACUGAUCGAUAUCCUCCUUUACCAAGUGGUCAAAAUUAUUCUUUGCUUGAUCUUGUGAAAAAAGAAAUUUUUUCAUAUGAUCUAUCUGAAAGUGAAGACAAACUUCUGAAAAAACACUUUGAUGCAAACAAGACUCUAUGGAUUUUGGAUGGAUAUGAUGAAAUUAUACAAAAUAUACCUUCACAUUUAGAAUGUUUAUUCGAACAAUUACUUAAAACUCCACAUCAUAUUUUAACAUCUCGUCCAUAUCAAAAUGUAUUAGCUUAUCAUGUGCAAAUGGAAAUCACAGGUUUUACAGACGAAAAUAUCGAACAGUAUGUACAACAAUUUUUUAUUCAAAUAAAAGAUGAACUCGACAAUUCUUUGAACAAAAGCCAAGAAUUAUUCAGAUUCUUACAGACAAAUCAAUCUAUCUGGGGUGUUGCUCAUAUUCCAGUGAAUCUAGAACUAAUAUGCAGUCUUUGGAGUAAUGAAGAUUUCAUAGAAACAAAAGAACUAACAAUAACAUCAUUAUAUACAGUUAUGAUAGAAUGGUUAUGUCGACGAUAUUUAUCAAUGCCAAAUAAAAAAAUUCAAAAUUUAUCUAAAGACGACGUCAAUCAACGUUGUGAAAAAGAACUAGCAUUCUUAGAAAAUCUUGCCUUUAAUGGAAUGAAGAGUAACACCAUAAUUCUACGACCAAAUCUACUGAAAAAAGCAUUAAACGAAGAAAAAGUCUCUAUACAGGACCAUCCACAUAUACUCAAUAUGGGAGUUCUCAAAAGUUUUAAUAAACAAGGUAUCCAUACUCAGAUUGAAACAGAUAAAGAUCAUUAUUUUGUCCAUCUCAGUUUUCAAGAAUAUUUUACAGCACGAUAUUUGAUUAAAGCUCUCAAAGACUCUUCAACUCAUCAAGAAGAAAUCAAAUUUAUUCAACGAGAGAAAUACAAUCAACGUUAUGCAUUAGUGUUUGCUUUUUUAUCAGGUCUUUCCAGUCAGGCUGAUUCAAAUAUAUGUUUAACCACCUUUUGGGAACUUAUAUUAACACCACCGAUGGAUCUUAUUGGAAUAAGACAUAUGCAACUUAUUAUCUCUUGCAUUGAAGAGACAUCAUGCCAAUCAACUAUCCCACAAUAUACUGCAUUGCUAGAAUGGAUAGCAAAAUACAUUGAAUAUAAUUUGUCAUCAGAAAACAACAUUAUUCCUGAGCAUCUUGUGCAAUCCUUAAGAAGAGCACCAUCGAAGCGAAGUGCUCUCUCUCAUUUCUCAAAUGAACAGUUCAGAUCUAGCGGUUGUACCGAGUGA